AUGGCGGACCACCACAGGAAAAUCGCGGCCAAUUUGGCCUUGCUAAGAGAUGAUCUUAAAAAUAUAACAGUCAGGCUGGGAGCAGUGGAAGGCACCUCCAAUGGCCACGCAAACCAGAUUGCGGAACUUCAAGCAGAUCUACAGCAAAAAUCCUGGCUUCAUGAGCAACAACUUGCCUCCCAAGAAGACAA